GUGCCCAAUAAUUAUUCUUUUGAAUAGACAACUGAGCGUGCAGCCACGAUAGAGGCGUGCUAUCUCACCCAGCCAGGAAGAAGCUUGACCAGGCACGGUGCACCGAGGGACCCACCUCCUUCUCACCGCACCCCAGUUUAGAUUGGGAGCUAAAGCCCUCUCUGGGAUGGGCAGAGCGCACUCCCUUUCCGGCUGCCCCCGCACCUCGCUCCCUCCCUCCCAGGAUGGAUGCCCCUAGUCUCCGGCAGGCAACGGAAUGUUGUGUGGUUGGUUGCCCCAGCAACUGGGGCCUGCUAGGUGGCUGCCUUCUUGGAGUACAAGAGCUCGCUGCCACGCUGCCCUCAACCCGAAACCCCCAGGGCCUUCUGAGCCAGCGCAAGACUCCUGCCUUGUGGAAAGGAAGCCCCGGGACAACUGCAGGGAGAAUGGACAUGCCCUGGGAGGACUAUUUCCGACUGGUCUUGCAAGAGAAAGUGCCGGAGAAGAUCCCGGAGCACAAUGUGGACCACAUCCCGCCGGUGCUGCGCCUCCUGGAGAAGAGGCAAGAGCUGAUGGAUGCGGACCGGGAUCUGCAGACCCAGAAGGAGGUGUUCCAGGCUUUGACGGCAGCCCAGAAACAGCGCCGGGAACAGUUGGAACAGAAGGAGCGGGAGCUGAAGGGAUCUUUUGUCCACUUUGACAAGUUCUUGCAGGACACCGAGGCUCGGCGCAGCCGCGCGCUGCACAGGGCGGCAGAGGAGCGGCUGCAGGCGAGCCGCCAGGAGGCCGAGGCACGACGGCUUAGGGUCCAGCUGGAGGAGCUGCAGCGGGAGCGCGCGCGAUUGCAGCGCCGGGUGGAGCGCCUGGAGCCCUGCGCGCGCCUGCUGGGCCAAGUGUUGGAGCAGCUGCCGGAGUUCCAGGACGUCCCCGAGCUGGUGGGGCGCUUCGAUGGCCUGGCCGAUAUGCAGACGGCGCUGAGGCUCACAGAGCGCCAGCGGCAGGCGGAGCUGGAGGAGGCCCGCGCGCGGCUGCAGAGGCUGCGGGACGCGGGGCAGGACGAGCUGCUGGGGCAGAGCCAGCGGCGAGCGCAGCUGCUGGAGCGCCUGGAGGCUGCGAGGGAGCGAACGCUGAGCUGGGAAUCCAAGUGGAUUCAGAUCCAGAACACAGCAGCAGAGAAGACCCUUGUCCUGGGCCGCAGCAGAAUGGCCGCGCUGAACCUGUUCCAGCUGGUGUGCCAACACAAGGCGCAGCCCCCCGCCCUGGCCAUCGAGGACACCGAGGGGCAGCUGGAGCAGGUGAAGCUGUUCAUCCUGGACCUCUCCGCCAUGCUGGCCAGUCUUCGUCAGGCAGAGCCCACAGCUGCCUCCCAGCCCUGAUCCAGGCCUUAGGCACUCAGGGCUUCGCCCCAUGUGGCCACCACCUCUGAACUCGGGAACCACCCAGAACACAUGGAAGCAGCAGCAGCUGAGUGGUCAACUUGGGUUUUGGCCGCCCCAACGCGGCUGGCAACCCCCCGUGCAUCCUUGAAGACCGAGUGUGAAUGGUUCCACCUUGGGCAGAGGCGGCCGCGGCCCCGGGUGGCCUGACAGCACCCCUCUCCUGCAGGGAGCUCCGCCAGCGGCUGGCCCAGGGCCAGGCACACGGUGGCACUCGGGAACAUCUACUGACGUCCACCCCUGCAGCACGCGAGGAGCCAUGGUGCAGGGUCAACUGCCUUACAUCCUCUUCCUCAUCUUGCCCUUCUUGGUGUGGGUACCCCGGCCAAAGGCACCCCUCUGCAGCUCCUGGGCUCGGCGCCGGUUGCGGGCAGACAGCUGCUUCAGGCCCCCUCGCUGCAGGAAGCGCAACUUCUCCGCCCGGCGCCGCUGCUUCAGGAUCUGCUGCUUGGUCUUGAGCUCUGAGCGCACGCGGCCUGCGGGAGUGCCCGGGCUGCGGGGCUGGGAUGCACCUGUUGGGAAUUCAGGGAGCUCAGCCUUCCGGUCUACUCCUAGGGCCUCCUCUUCCCGGAAGCCUCCAGACCUUCUCCCCCACUCCCACCCAUUCUGGGUUCACUGGUGUGGCCCCAGGGUCUGGCUCACUGUAGGUGCUCAAUAAAGCUUCCACAGUCUGCU